CAAAGAUGCGCUCCCUGUCUCUGAUCUGUCUGCUGUUCGGCCUGGUCUGGGCCCAAACGACUCCGUCACCCGAUGAAACUACACCCUCGGACAUCCAGUUCUCUCCGUUCGCUGUCACCGAUGGAAAGUACGCCUUGGGCACCUUUGCCAAGGUGAACUGGUACCAGGCCCAGGCCACCUGUGCCUCCUACGGCUACACCUUGGUCAGCAUCAACACGGAGAACGAUCAGCGGGCUUUGCGCAAUUUCCUGUACACCCGCGCCCAUUCGCAGCUUCAGCUGCUGAGCGAACCCUUGUGGACCUCGGGCACUGAUCUGGCAAAUCCAGACAACUGGAUUUGGUUCAGCAACGGACGCACCUUCACCUACCGCAACUUCCAGAACGGUUUGUCCUACUAUCCCAGCAACGGCAGUGACUGCCUGGGCGUCUAUGCCAUCACCGGUGCCUGGGUGAACGCGGAUUGCCGGGAGCAGCGUUACUUCGUCUGCGAGAAACGUUGCCUGUUCGACGACAUCAAUUAGUGGCAAUGAAAGGACUAUGGGUCCAACUAAUAUCGGUGUUGGCUUAUAAAUACGCACAUCAAUAAAAUAUUCAGCAGCAAAACAGAA